AUGAAGGCCUACAGGGCUAAGGGACACGCGCUCGAAAGAAUAUUUGGGAACAUCGACAAGCAAUACAAGAAGCUCUUUUACUACAAGAAUGAGCUGCUUCGAACGCAUCCUUGUUCCACUGUUCAGAUACACUAUGAGAAUCAUAGAUGCACACCAACCUCUAGUCUGAGGUUCCUCAGAAUUUAUAUCUGCCUAGGGCCACUGAAGAUCGGAUGGAAGCGGUUCUGUCGACCUAUCAUCUUCCUUGACGCAUGUUUUUUGCGAGGGUCGUAUAAGGGACAUAUAUUGAUUGCCAUCGGGAUUGAUCAGAACAAUAGUUGGUGGCCAAUUGCUUGGUCUGUCGGUGAAACUGAAAGCUAUGAGCAAUGGAAAUGGUUUCUAGAUCAUCUGGACGAGGACUUGCAGCUAUCUGAAAACUGGCCUCGAUAUGUAUUCAUGUCCGAUCAGCAGAAGGGUUUGUCGAAGAUAAUUGCUGAAAAGUAUCCAGUGAGCACAGGUUCUGUGUACAACAUAUGUACAACAACUUUAAGAAGCGGUUCUCGGCUGAACAAUAUGUGUGAGACGUUUAAUGCUAAGAUCAUCGAGCCAUGUAAAAAACCAAUUUUGACGUUGUUGGAAGAAAUUCGAACAAACCAACUGGAGCGCAUCCAGAUAAGAGGUCAGUGGGUGAAGAACUACAACUACCCCGUACCACCUGUCAUAAAAGAGCUUCUUGAUAAGGCGGCAUCCAACUCUACUUCUUGGAGAGCAUUCUGGAAUGUGGAAAAUGAAUACCAGACAUCAGGCCCUGCUGGUCAGUUUGUGGUGAACAUGCUCAAUAGGACAUGCACAUGUAGGCUUUGGCAAAUCAGCGGGAUCCCUUUCGUGCAUGUUACAACAUCCAUACUCAAGUAUAAACACCCCCUGAUUGAUUAUGUUUCAGCAUUUUACUCGAGGUCUAGCAUGGCGGCACUAUAUGAGCAUGUCUUGUACCCUAUCAACGGUAUGGAAAACUGGUCGAGGUCUUCGGACGUUGGUUUUGAGCUGGACCCUCCGAACACAAAAAGACAAUGUGGGCGCCCAAGGAAACUGAGGAGAGAAAGGCCACAGCGAACUGCAAUGCUCUCAUGCGGCCGGUGUGGACAAAUUGGGCAUAAUAGGCGGAGUUGCCAGAACGACCCUUCAGCACCCAACAACCAACGUAGUCAGGCAAGUGCUCAACCAAGUUCUCAUGGGAGUCAGGAGCCAGACACGCAGAGGGACCGACCUCCUUGCCCUACUACGGAGACGACAACUGGGUCGAGCCGUGCUGCUUCAUUGUCAACCCGUGUUCGGAAAGCUCAGAGAUGUGGUCGUCGCAAGAUGAAUGAUUGA